AUGCCGGCGCGAAGGGGUGGGAAGUCUGCUCCACGCUCAAAGCGUACGCGGCAUUCAGCGAGGAUUGUGGCCCUCGGGCAACUCGACACUACCCCAAACCGUCACGAUCAGUCUCCUCGUGCAGUUCAGACUCAGGACCCAAUACCGGCAUUGCCAAAUCAGGGCGCAAAUCCUAAGCCUCCAAACUCUGAGAUCCCGUCGACAAACGAAUUUGAUGAUGACCUCAACGAUGAUGAUCUGAGGCGGCUGGUUGAAGCUGAAGCCGUCCCAUCCGCUCAACCACCUAUUGAUUUCUCAUGGUCUGAAAUCGGUUCAACACGCCGCAGCUCGCCUCUACGGGAAGACGAGCCAAGCUUUUUAGACAACCAAGAUUCUCUUCUCGACGAAUUUUCCAGUCCAAAGUCCGGUCUAGGCAAGCUUCCCAACACUCAGCCACUGCCAUCUGAGCCUGAUCAGGAAAGCAAAGAACCUCCUUUUGUUGACUUUUCUGAGACAGCUUCUACUGUGCGGCGAAGUUCACCUUAUUAUUCCUUGGCUGCCUCUCAGAUCGGAGAUGACGAGCCUCUGAAUUUCGCUGAAAACAAUCCUUUGGCACCACUACCAAGUACCAUACAAGAUUCGAUACAGUCUCUUGGGUUACCACCUUUUCCUGAACUAGAAGCCAUGGAUCACUUGCCGGAAGACGAGUUAUAUGAUGUCACGCCUCCCAAGUCGACGGCUGAGCUUGAAGCUGAGACAUCGCGAAAAGAGGAGGAAGCACCUAAAGCUGCCCCAGAAAGUUCACAGCGUCCUAAGAAGUUGAAUUCGUCACAGAACUCAAAAACAAAAGGCAAGCCAGGGAAGAGCUCAAAAAAGCACGAUGCUCUUGUGAGAGUGUUGGAGGAAGAGCUGGAAUCGUCAGAAGAAGACGAAGGAGAGGAGCAAGCAUCUUCACCCCCUGAAAAGCCACCAGCGAAGCCCCCAAAGCGAAAGAACGGCGCUCGUAAAGGCAAGGAAACACCUGAAAGUAAGCCUGCCACUACGGCAACUCAGGAUACACGGAAAAGUGAGCAACGACCAAAGGAAAAGAAAGGCCGGAAACAACGAGCGAAGACUCCCAUCCAAUUUGACGAAAAGACACAGGAAAUAAAAGAGGUAACACCACGCAGGGUACCGGAACAGCAACCUCGCAUGCCAAUCGUCAGCAGUCUCAGGAAAUCGUAUGCUGCAUCUGUCUCUCCCAUGGCAAGUGCAGGGAAAGGGACGCCCGGCUCGAAACGAAAGCCUGCACCGAAGCGCAAACCGCCUGUUAAAGGCACUUCCCAGAAGGAGAAAGCUUCCCAGAAAGUCCCUCCAGCUACACGAAAAUCAGAUUUGAAGAAUGUGGUGCCUCAAGAGAAACCUGAUACGACUGAAAAGGGAAAAGAACGUGUAGUUCUUGCAACAAAAGUAGCAGCUAAGCCUUCACCUGCGAUUACCAAGAGAAUAACCCGAGCCAAUGUAAAAGAGGAGGAAGCACCAGUAUCGCAGCCUCUACAAGUCCAAGAGGCACCAAAAACAAAGAACGAGACCCAGGGGUCAACCCAGGACCCUGUCGUGCUCUCUAGCGACCCUGAAAGCUCUUUGUUCUCGGAUGAUGACGAUGCCUUUGUCCCAAUCGAAGACUUGCACCCAAGAGAGAAGACUCAGCCAGCAAGGAAGGUUCAAUCAGUAAUGGGAGAGUUGCUUGUUGACCCAAUUGUCGACGUAGAACCAGCAGGCCAUGCUCGUCGUGAGAAACCGCAACCUUCUACACGCCCACAGACCCUACCGCAUAAUCCCGAGGCUCCUGGCCCUUCGCGUCCUCAAGAAGAACAAAUCUCUCAGCAGAGGACAGCAACGACGAUUAAGCGGGACCCUAAGCAACUUGUUGAAGAACCUCUUCCAAGCACGAUUUCCCUUCAUGCAGCUCAGAGGGGCCGAGAGGUUUUGUCGGCUCGCGAUACUAAUAUUCUCGUUCAACAAGAUACCUCAAGAGCAAGGACCUUGAAAAGACCUGCUACGACAGUUGAUCCCAUCGUUGAUGCUUCUCACCCACCUCGCAAGAUCAGUAAAACUUCAAGGAGCUUCAGUGAAUCCCCAUAUACCGAUGGCAAUUACUUGCAACAAGAGUACCUCUCUAGUCUGGCAGCUGCUGAGGCCAUUCCUGACAAGACCAGAGUGGGAUUAAGACCUAAACCGAAAACGAAGGUCAAAACCGAGCCUGAAAAUUUGCGCCCUGAGCCAAGUUCAAGUGAUCAAGAUAUUCAUGCUCAGAUACUAGCGUCCCUGCAGGGACAAAAGGAAGCGACUGCCGAAGUGGAACAGGCCAUGGAGCAUGACAAAGUCCGCGGCAAUAGAGAGUCUCCCAGACAGACACGGCCGGCUGGGCCGAAUGCAGAGAUAGGAGAGAAACUCCAUGGACUAGUCGAGAUGAUGUUGGAUCAUCUCCAGGCCAAGGAAGGGAGCAUCUAUCGUGGCGCUGAUGCCUAUCGGAAGAAUGGCAUCAAUUGCGUGGACAAGAUCGAACGACGCUACAUGCAAGAGAGACAGGCGCUCAAUGAAACGUGGAAGAAGGAUAGUGAUAGGUUCCUCCGGGGGACGCGGGCAGCCAAGGCAGCGAUUGAUGAGCGCGGAAAGAUACGAGAGAAGGCGAUGCAGCAACUAAAUGAAACGGCAGCAAAGCGCCGUCACUUGUUUGAACAAGCGACGACAAGUUUACGAGCACUUCAUGGGCGAUUGAUGCAGGGAAACCUUGCAGACUACGAAAAUUGA